AAACGUAAUUAUUUGAAUUCUCUUUUCUUUCGUCUAUUAGAAUACACAAUGGCGAAAGAUUAUAAGCAAUUGAAACAAGAGCAUGUCUCUGGACACACGGGAAGCUCACUGUUCGAUAUCAACAGUGUCUCCCUUGCCUUGCCUUUGUCUAUUUUGCUAUGGUCUGUUCUUCAGUCCCGUAUGCACCUCUUCACACCACAGACCCUCGCCGCUUGCUUUGUAGAUGUCCUCCUUCAUUGCUGCGUGCCUCUUCUCGCGACUACCGUUUACUCAUCUUCGCCAUGGCUUCUCAAUCUGCUUCUAUUGCUUCCUGCCGCUCUCCUUUACUUGAGCUCUGAGCCAGCUCAUGCAAAAGCUACCCCUCAGAAACCCCCAAAGAAAGUUGGCCAAGAUCAAGAGCUGGACCCUCUACCCGUGAAGCCUUUCAUAACCCAUUACCGCGGUGCCAUGAUGGUCAUUACCUGCGUCGCUAUUCUGGCAGUUGAUUUUCGCGUGUUCCCUCGUCGAUUCGCGAAAGCAGAGAAUUGGGGGACGUCUUUGAUGGAUAUGGGUGUGGGAUCGUUUGUUUUCACCAAUGGGAUAGUAUCAGUGCGAUCAUCUCUCAAAACGGGGACUGCCAACCUUCCACCACUGUCCAAGCGCUUCCUCACAUCCCUAAGACAUUCCCUCCCACUGCUCGUUCUUGGUGUCAUAAGACUCAUAUCCGUCAAGGGUCUGGACUACGCCGAGCACGUUACUGAGUACGGCGUUCACUGGAAUUUCUUUUUCACCCUUGGCCUCCUGCCGCCGUUUGUCGCCCUUUUUGAGUCUGCUCUGUCGCUUGUACCAUCCUAUGCUCUUCUCGCUUUCUUUUUGGCAUCCUCCUACGAAAUUGUCCUUGACAAGACACGGUUAAGUGCCUAUAUAUUGACAGCGAAGCGCACCGAUCUCAUCUCGCAAAACAGGGAGGGUAUUUUCUCCUUCUUUGGCUACCUCGCCAUCUUCCUUGCCGGACAGGCUCUGGGCGCUCUGGCGCUACCACGCAGUCAACCCACGACGAAAAACGAUACUUUACUUCUCAGAUUCCGCCAGUCAAUACUGGGUAAACUCUGCCUGACCGCCCUCAUGUGGACUGCGCUGUUCCACAUUUCAAUCAGCUACUAUGGACUUGGUCUCGGCGUUUCCCGUCGCCUUGCCAACCUGCCUUAUUUCCUCUGGGUAUGCUCUUAUAACAGCUAUCAGGUCGCAAUCUGUUGUGCGAUUGAGACUGUUCUUUUCCCUGGGCUUCACAAAGCUAGAAGCAGUCAAGAAGAAAAGCAGAAGGCUCAAGAUGCUACUAGCACUGUGCUUCGUGCUCUCAACCGCAACGGGCUCGCUGUAUUUCUACUCGCUAACUUGAUGACCGGUCUGGUGAACAUGAUAGUUCCCACUUUGGACAUGGGUCCCGUAGAAUCCAUGGGCAUUUUGGUUACAUAUAUUGUUGUUAUUGCGGGGGUUGCGAUGGGUCUGGAUCGAUGGAACAUAUCUAUCAAACUAUAA